AGAAGGGGCCAGAGCUGUGAGCGCGGUGCUGACUGUGCCGUGCAGAAGCCAGCGGGAACCCAGACCCCGAGGAGCCCCUCAUCCCCGCCCGGCCCGGCCUGGCCCUGCGCCAUGGAGUUGCUCUGGGCCCCUUUCUUGGGUCUGUGCUGCAGUCUGGCCGCUGCUGACCGCCACACCGUCUUCUGGAACAGUUCAAAUCCCAAGUUCCGGGACGAGGACUACACAGUGCACCUGAGGUUGAAUGACUACCUGGACAUUAUAUGUCCACAUUAUGAGGAUGACUCUUUGGCAGUUGCUGACAUGGAGCAGUACACACUCUACCUGGUGGAGCAUCCCGAGUAUGUAGCGUGCCAGCCUCGACCCAAGGACCCUGUCCGUUGGCAGUGCAACAAGCCUAAUGCCAAACAUGGCCCAGAGAAGCUGACAGAGAAGAUCCAGCGCUUCACACCUUUCAUCCUGAGCAAGGAGUUCAAGGAAGGGCACAGCUACUACUACAUCUCCAAACCCAUCUACCACCAAGAAAACCAGUGCUUGAAGUUGAAGGUGACGGUGGAUGGCAAAAUCACUCACAGUCCUCAAGCCCAUGCCAAUGAGCAAGAGAAAAGACUUCAAGCAGACGAUGCAGAGGUUCUACAUAGCAUCGGUCACAGUGCUGCCCCCCGCCUCUUCCCACUUGCCUGGGCUGUGCUGCUCCUGCCUCUUCUACUUUUGCGAACUCAGUGAAGGUGUGCACCUCUGGAUUAAGGAUUGGAUCUGGGCUGAGAGACAGGGACAGGCACCCUUAACCUGUCCCCAAACUCCAGCCUUGGGAACCACUCCCAUCACAUGCACAAGCUGCCACCCAGCAGCCCCAAAACGGGUCAGUAUUAAGGGUUUCAGCCCGAAGGAGGGCAACCAGCCUGAUGGUACCAUCCUCACCUCCGCUUCAGAGGAAUGGAGGAAAAAGCAGGACAGUCCUUUCCCUGCCAUCCCUGCCUUUAAGCCAAAGAAACAAGCUGUGCAGACAUGGUCCCUGGAGAGGACCAACUGGGAACUGAGCUGGAAGGGGCCCGAGGCCAUGGAAAUGGACACUACACUUGGCAAGGUGCCCCUCCCAGAGAGAGACAGGACAUCCAGAUGAACUGACUAAAGGAAAAGCAACAGACAGUUUCCUGCAUGGGAGCCAGGUACAGGAGAGUGUGCUUGGGCUGACCCAGAAUCUCCCAGCAAGAGUUCCAUCUGUGGAGCUGCCACAGAGGGGUUUGUAGCCAGGCACUGCAUCCUCUCCCCAUCUGGGGCAGCACUCCUUGGAGCUGUGCCAGCAGGGGGGCUGUGCCAACCUGUUCUUAGAAGAGUAUAGCUGUAAGGGCAGUGCCCAAGAGUUCACACUGCCCAGAGUGUAGUCUAAAGGGCAGGGCCCACAUGUACAGUAUUGUAUAUAAACUUGUCGUGUGUCUGCUGAUUUCUACAACUGGAGUUUUUUUUUUAUACAAUGUUUUUGUCUCAAAAUAAAGCGAUGUGUUUGUUUGUUUUUGGAAA